UCAUUUAUAGAUACACAAAAUUAUCGGCUUCGCCCCAUCGCUCCUUCAAGUCAUAAUGAUGUCUGACUGUGAUAUGCCCGUUCGUCAAGCUGGAGCCAUUUAUCUCAAAAACCUCAUCUCAACCAAUUGGCAGGAUAGAGAAGCAGAAGCGGGACAACCGAUACCUUUUGCUUUACAUGAACAAGACCGAGCACUUAUUAGAGACAGUAUAGUGGAUGCAGUAGUCCAUGCACCAGAUUUGAUUAGAACUCAACUGUGCACUUGUGUUAAUCACAUGGUCAAGCACGACUUUCCGGGAAGAUGGACACAGAUUGUUGACAAAAUCAGCGUCUACUUAUCAAAUCCAGACCCAAAUGGUUGGCAUGGAGCUUUCCUAUGUCUGUAUCAACUAGUAAAGAACUUCGAAUAAAAAAGCUGAAGAAAGGGGACCUCUCCAUGAAGCUAUGAACCUCCUACUUCCUCAACUCUACCAAUUAGAAGUUAGAUUAUUACCAGACACAUCUGAACAGUCAGUACUUCUACAGAAAGAAGGAUUAAAGGUCUAUUUUGCCCUAACACAGUACAUUUUGCCUUUAGAUUUGAUUAGUAAAGAUGCUUUUGCUCAAUGGAUGGAAGUCUGCAGACAGGUCGUUGAAAGACCUGUACCCCCUGCAGCCCUUCAACCAGAUGAAGAUGAACGCCCAGACUUACCGUGGUGGAAAUGCAAAAAGUGGGCACUUCACAUCCUGUACCGUAUGUUUGAAAGAUACGGUUCACCAGGACAUGUGACUAAAGAGUACAAUGAAUUUGCCGAGUGGUAUUUGCAGACAUUCAGUGCAGGCAUUUUGGAAGUUUUACUGAGAGUGUUGGAUGGUUAUCGUGGUGGUAAUUGGGUACCUCCUAGAGUUCUACAGCAGACAUUAAACUACCUCAAUCAGGCAGUGUCCCAUGGACAUACGUGGAAAAUACUAAAACCACAUAUGCCUGCUAUCAUUCAGGAUGUUUUGUUCCCCCUUAUGAGUUACUCGGCCGAAGAUCAUGAACUUUGGACCGUUGAUGCUCAUGAAUAUAUCAGAGUUAAGUUUGACGUCUUUGAAGACUUUGUAUCUCCGGUAACAGCUGCUCAAACAUUAUUACAUUCUUCAUGUAAAAAACGAAAAGAAAUGCUGCAAAAAACUAUGGUAAUGUUGACUACUAUCCUAACAAACACAGCAACUGAACCUGCACAAAAGGAUGGAGCUUUGCACAUGGUUGGUUCUUUAGCAGAUAUAUUUUUAAGAAAGAAAAUGUACAGGGAUCAGUUGGAUCAACUCUUCAUAAAGUAUGUGUUUCCUGAAUUCAACAGCGACAGGGGACACAUGAGAGCUAGAGCGUGCUGGGUUUUACACUAUUUUGCCGAGUUCAACUUUAAGCAAGAAAAUAUUUUGAUGGAAGCCAUUAAUCUGACAGUUCGUGCUCUUCUUUUUGAUAAAGAUUUACCCGUAAAAGUGGAGGCAGCCAUAGCUUUGCAGUCAUUGCUCAAUUACCAAGAAAGAGCCCAAAAGUAUAUUGAACCACAAGUGAAACAAAUAGCGCUCGAAUUAUUGUCUAUUAUUAGGGAAACAGAAAAUGAGGAUGUUACAGGUGUUAUGCAAAAAUUAGUAUGUGUAUAUACACAACAACUAAUACCGAUAGCAGUGGAAAUAUGCCAACACUUAGCUACGACUUUCAACCAGGUUCUGGACACCGACGAAGGAUCUGACGAAAAAGCCAUAACGGCAAUGGGUUUACUGAACACGAUAGAAACCCUUCUAACUGUGAUGGACGAACAACCCGAAGUUAUGAGAUUGCUAGAACCAACUGUACUACAAGUUAUAGCUAAUGUCUUACAAAACGAAGUUCAAGAGUUCUAUGAAGAGGUGUUGGCUCUAAUAUACGAUCUAACUAGUAAACAAAUUUCUCCAGAUAUGUGGAAAGUUUUUGAAUUAUUAUAUCGGGUAUUUAUGAAGAACGGUAUCGAUCACUUCACAGACAUGAUGCCUGCUCUACACAACUACAUAACUAUUGAUACCAACGCGUUCACUUUCGGACGAGCAAAGACUUUUAGCCAUCUACAACAUGUGUAAACAAAUACUCACUGAAGACUCGGGCGAAGAUCCAGAAUCUCACGCCGCCAAACUUCUCGAAGUCGUUCUAUUGCAAUGUCGAAAGAAGAUCGACCAGGCCGCUCCCAUGUUAAUAGAAUUGGCAGCUGCAAGAUUGCUGAGGGAAGUCAAGACGAGCGAAUUAAGGACGAUGUGUCUGCAAGUUCUGAUAGCUGCUUUGUAUUACGAUCCACAGUUGCUGUUUUCUGUACUCUCAAAAAUGCCCGAUUUCACUAACCAUUUUAUUAAACAAUGGCUUCAUGACACAGAUUGCUUCUUAGGUAUUCACGAUAGAAAAUUAUGCGUAUUAGGAUUAUGUACAUUAAUAUCGAUGCCAAACAAGCCUCCAGUAUUGAUCGAAGUAGCUCCGAAAGUGGUACCAUCUCUGAUAUUGCUAUUCGAAGGACUUAAGAGAGCUUAUGCAGCUAAAGCUGCAGAAGCUGCCGAAGAAGAGGAAAGCGAAAGUUCUGAUGGGGAAUUAGAAGAUAUUUUAAGUUCUGAUGAAGAUGAAAUAGACGAUCAAGGACAGGAAUAUCUCGAGAAUUUAUCAAAGAGAGCAACUACAGCUUUAUCUCAGCAAGGCAUGAACGUAACGGCCACAAUUAAUGACAUUAAUGAUACUUCAGACGAUGAUGAUUCCAAUUUUGAACCGAACGAAGAAACUGUUUUGGAAACAUACACGACACCUUUAGAUGAAGAAGACUGCGACGUAGACGAAUAUCAAGCAUUUAAGCAAGUGAUGACAGCUUUGCAAGGUCAAGACCCAGAAUGGUAUAACGCCCUGACGAAUAAUCUGAACGAAAGCCAACUGAAAUCUUUGGGCGAAGUUUGUGUUUUGGCAGAACAAAGAGCCGCAGCUAGGGAAAGUAAAAGAAUCGAACAGCAAGGAGGUUAUAUCUUCACUCAACAAGCGGUGCCAACAUCUUUUAAAUUCGGCGACGGCAACUCAUGAAUAAAUCUGUGUUUAAAAGUAACCUCUCUGUGACUGAAUGUAAAAUUGACUCUACUGACCAGUGAAGUAGUUAUUUGUACAGUUUUAUUAUAUAUAAAACAAUCUUUUUCAUUUUUUGAUUAAGUGCCUUUUUAUUAGAAAUUAAGUAUGUACACCCGAUUUCAAAUUCAUUAUAAAGAAACUGGUACUAUCUACGCCCCUGGGCAGCAGCGGCUUCAUAUAAUUUUGUACAUAGUUUUUAUUUGUAACCAAAAGCUGGAAAAUCACGAUGUUGUUCUGUCGUUUGAUUCUAUUAAGUUUCUCGGUUUAUUUUGGAUAGAUUAUUUAUCUUUUUGUAUGUAAGUAUCGUAAUUUGAUUUAUUGAUGAUUCAUUGUUUAUAAAUUAUUGCAUUUUAAUAAAUGUCUUGCUUUCAACA